UUAAAGUUAUCCGAUCUGAUAAGACGACAAACCGACAAAAUGAAGCUCAAUAAUUUGAUCGCAUGUCUGAUGUUACAUCUCAGCUUUGUGGCCUGCAAACCAGUGGACCUGAAGGACAUAGCGGCCGUUGAUGUGAGAGGGCUGGAGCCUAGGACUUUGAACAUCGAUGGUGAGACUGCCUAUUAUUGUUGGUCAGCAAGCUCUGCAACAUUGGCAAAUGCAGGAUAUUCGGCCAGUCUGGACAACCUUCACUCUCAGAUGUUUCAUUUCUUCAACGUGCUUGGCAACGUUGAGGCAGACGAGUUUGUUUUCACAAGCUCGCGCAACAAUGGAGUUAUUUGGACGGCAAAAGUUAUCGUGGUGGCUACCACGCAAUGCUUCACGAUAGCUGACGCAAUCAAUGAUCUAUACAGCAGUCUCACUCAGGGGACCGGAGUACACGUUUACAAAGGAGGCACUGCUGCCGUUACGUCGGUAGCAUCUGCCACUGUCGGAGCACUCAUCGAGAUGAUAUCGAUGACAAACGGUGGUAGUUCUUACAGUGUAUUGAAACGCGAUGAGGACUUGUCAGCACGGGCUAGCUGCGGAAGCGGAACAGAGUAUUUCGCCAAUUGCUGUAGAAUCCAGAUCGAUUGA